UCUCGCCCUCCUUGUCAGCCAAUAGAAUUAACGCGUUUUACACUGUCGCCGUUUCGCUGUUGUCAUUUUCCCGAAACUAUGUCCAAAGAAGGGAUUUGUAUAUUGUAUCGCGAGUGUUGAACCCCCGCCACGAUGAGCGGCCCCUGCAGAGAAGUCAUCACCCUUCAGCUCGGACACUAUUCAAACUUUGUGGGGACGCACUGGUGGAACUUACAGGAUGCCUCGCUAUCGUAUGACCCAGAGGGGCCGCUGGGCGAGAUACAGAGCGAUGUCGUGUUUCGUGAAGGACAUACUUCUGGCGGAGACGUCACCUACACCCCUCGCCUCAUCGCCAUGGAUGUCAAAGGAAGUCUCCGGACUCUGCGGCAGGAGGGACGUCUGUAUGAUGCAGGCAAAGACAUGUCUGCUGUCACUUGGGAGGGAAGCCUCAUGAUGCAUGAAGAAAGUCCCCCUGAAAAGAACUCCUUUCUUGAAGAUCUGGACAAGUUGGAUAAGGGAGAGAUACUCGCCGGGGCGGAUUUGUCCUUCAGCUCCCGGCUUCAGCGCUCAGCAGGUUCAGCGAGUGUGGACACGGUGAACAGUCGGCUGGCUCAAGUCCAAAAGGGCUACGGGCUGGAGGGCAACGUGAAGGUUUGGUCCGACUUCCUCCGGAUCCACCUGCACCCUCGCACCGUCUCUGUCAUCCACCAGUACAACCACGACGGGGAGGCUCAUCGGCUGGAGGCCUUCGGCCAGGGAGAGGCUCUCCUGCAGGGGUCGGUGCUCGAGGAUCUGGAGGACAAGCUGCACUUCUUUGUGGAAGAGUGUGAUUACCUCCAGGGUUUCCAGGUGCUGUGCGACAUGGCUGAUGGCUUUGCAGGCCUGGGUUCAAAGGUCACAGAGAUGCUACAGGACUCGUACGGCGAUAGAGGCAUCCUGACCUGGGGGUUAGCACCCGUCAGUCACCCAGACUCGACUCCUAUGAAGGACAUCUACCACAUGUUGAACUGCACCUUAGCGACGACCCACCUGGCCAAUCACAGCUCCUUCUUCUGCCCGUUGACUCUGCGUGGUGGACUUGGCAGACGACCCUCCGCCCCCACAGCCUUCACUCACCUCAAUUAUGAUGCCUCACUGUGGUUCCACUCCAGCGCCGUCUUGGCUCUGGCCCUGGACGCCCUCACUGUGCCUUAUAGGCUGAGGGACAACAGCGUCCCCAUGUGGCAGGUGGCGGACGCGCUGGCCGUGUCGGGGAGAAAGGUGGUGGCCGCUUACGGUGCCGUUCCCUUUCCCAUGAUGCACGGCGGCUCUCUGCCCGACGCCCUGAGCGCCUGCCCAGAUGCUCUGCCCUGGAAACCUCUGUCGGCGUGCUCGGAACCAGGCGAUGGUCGAUGCUACAGCCAGUGGGCGAUGCUCAAAGGCUUCGAAGGCCAGAGACUAACCGGCAAUCAGGCUCCAGGGACUGAACCACCCUCUCCUCUGCACAGCCUCGACCACGGGGAAGACGUCCUGACGUCCUACAUCAGAUCGUUCUAUCCUACAGCUCCUCUCGCCCUGCAGCUGGUGUCUUCUCCCAGCAAGCUGACGCCACCAUUCCCUCAGAUUUUCAGCCAGUCCGUCAGUCCUCAAGGCUUCCUGCAGGACCAACACCCUCAACCAGGCUCUCCAGCCUCUGUGGUUUCGUCUGUACCCGUGUUGACGUCCCUCCAGUCCGGGCCGGCGCUCGGCACGUGGCUGUCGGAGCUUCACCGCGGUGCCAGCGCGUUUGACAUCCGCCGUGUGGCCCCGAGCUUCCUCUCCCAGGGGCCCGAGAUGGGCGACUACGAGGAGGCCCUGGAGCAGCUGCGCCUACUGGCUCGGUGUUACCGAGAUACCAGUGGUGGGGCGAAGCACUCUUCGUCUGAAGAGGAUGAUGAUGAUUGACAUGAACCGUUUCAUGAUGACGUCUCAUACUGACACGGGGAGAUGAAGAGGAGCCGUGCCUCCGGUUACUGAAGGACCAGGACUGAAUUACAGUCCUGGUCCUUACAAGCAGAAAGAGAUGGACGUUUGACUCAAGUGGAAAUAGACUGAUCAAACAAAGCUGCAGGAUGCAGAUGAGGGGAAAGUGAAUGAGUUCCUAAAAGGAGCGUGUGUUGGAUGUAGUGCCAUUCAAGUGUCAGGACUCAAUUUUAUCAAACUGAAGCUGGUGAACAUAAAGGCUUCAUAUUUUAGCUGGGUAUCAAAAUAUGUAUCGACUGGGAUUUGCUGCUGUAUGCUUAAGCUAGGAAGUAGUUUAAUGUCGUAAUGAAGCCGAUGAUACUGUAUUUUAUUGUCAGCACGAUAGUGUAUUUGAGACUAACAAAAUGAACUACGUUUCCAGUAAUUUAGGCAUGUUACCCAGCGCGAUGGUGUGGGUCGCUGAUGGUUUUUGGUCUUUCAUGGGAUCAUUGAUAUGAUAAAAAUAGAUCACCAGAUAAGGCUGGUCAGACACACCACUCCCAACUUGUUACUAUGUAAAACCACAGUAAUUGAAAAAUACCAAACCAGGUAAUGAUUUGCAUUAUUUGUUUGAGUAUUAACUGUCUGUACCCAAAAUGUGAGAAUACAAAGAGAUAAAGAACAAAUAAUAAAUCCCAGAAUCCUGUGUAGCCAGACAUGCAGAUGUCAACAUGCCUCCCUCACUAACUUUGAAUCCUUGGGAUGGCUGUGGCUCAGGAGGUCUCGAGUUGUCCACUAACCAUAAGAUCAAUGGUUCAGUCCUUGGGCAAGAGACAAGCCUUAAUUGCCUCUAAUGGCUGUGAAUGAUGUGAUAGAAAGCUGUACGUAAAACCACUGAAUAAAUGUGUGAGAACUGAGAA